AAACGAGCACACAGACAGGAGCAGGAGGAAGGCAACAUGGCCGAGGCGGAGGCAAGCGAAGUAAGUUACGGAGGAAUCUUUCAGGAGAUCUUCACGUCCCCGCUGAACCUCACGCUGCUCAGCCUCUGUCUGUUCCUGCUCUACAAAAUCUUCCGCGGGGACAGGCCGCCGGACCUGGGCGAGGUGGAGAAGCCUCUGCCCAAGAUGAAAAAGAGGGAUUUUACCCUGGUAGAUCUGAAGCCCUACGACGGACUGCAGGACCCGCGGAUCCUCAUGGCCGUCAACGGGAAAGUGUUCGACGUGACCCGAGGCAAGAAGUUCUACGGGCCAGAGGGACCGUACGGAGUGUUCGCAGGCAGAGACGCAUCUCGAGGCCUGGCGACGUUCUGCCUGGAGAAAGACGCCCUGAAAGACGAAUACGACGACCUGUCGGACCUUAACGCCAUGCAGCAGGAGAGCCUGACCGAGUGGGAGACUCAGUUCACCAUGAAGUACGACUACAUCGGCAAGCUGCUGAAGCCCGGAGAGGAUCCRACAGAAUACACCGACGACGACGAGGGGAAAGACAAGAAGACGGACUGAAGCAGCUACAAAGUGACGAGGAGGAAGAACGUUAAAGAUGCCUUAAUGUUUGGACUUUCAGAACUUCUGCCUCCUUUUUUUAGACUCGUUCCCAGAAAACCUUUUGCUUUUUACAUUCGUGUAAGUUUUGGACCAAUCCUGCAGUAAACUGUUUCCUGAAGGGCAUUAACAUAAAAUUAACGUUGGGUUUAAUUCCAGCUGGUCCGUUCAUGUGAUUCAUCUGAAAACCUGUUAAAUAAGAACACUUGGUAGUUAAUGUUUGAGAGGAAUCAUUUUAAAUUUCAUCCUCCAUUUCUAGCCUUCACCAGAAACAGUUAACAUUUCAGAAGUCUGCAGGCAGGAAGACUGAUGGGAAAAAUGUGUAAUUUUUUUUUUGAUUGCGGUAAAUAAAUGAGAACACAUUCUGACAUUUUUGUUUCUUUUCCAGCUCAGAUUGUUUUCUCUGUUUUCACAAAUAUUCACAGUGACAAUCUGAUUUUCUGUUCUGUGUUUGCGCUACCCUUUUUUUUAUAGCUAUUUUAGUUAUUUAGUAUCUUUUUUAUAGCUAUUUUAGUUAUUUACUGUCUUUAAAAGUGAUCAAACAAUUUCCGUAAGCUGUUAGACAGUAUUAUAAACAGACCCCUGGUUUGAAUUUUGUAAAACUUUAUUAUUUUAGUGGGCGGUGGAAGAAACACUAAAAUAAAGCUCAGUUUUAGAUGAUAAAAGUAGUAAAAAUGUGAUUUGCUUCAAACCGAACYGCUGUUUCAACCCGACAAAUGAAAGAUAAAACAAUCUUUUUACUUAUUUACUUGACGCUUUGUUUAAACAUUUUAACACUAAAGCUGUCAUGGCAACGAGUCCAAAUUCCCUGUGGGCUGAAUAACCAGUGUUUACCUUUUCUAUGACCGAGUAAACAACAUAAAACUAAAGACUGGCUGUGCUUGCUAAAAAUAAUUAAGCUUAAAUAGAUAUCCAGGAGAAAAAACCAUGUUUGAUUUUCUGAUUAUAUUCGUGUCCUGAUAUUAAUUUUAGCCAACAUUUUAACUAACUUGACAAAGCGAUUUUUUUUCUGUGUAAUGUCAUUCUGUCAUCCUCAAAUGAUAUUUUGAUUUAAUAAAAGAUAUAAAAUAAA